UGUUACAGUUCUGCUGAAGAAGCUGCAUUUGAAGUUAAGAUUUGAGAUGUGUAGAAAUUAUUGGAAGUUAAAACAGUUCUAUGAACCAGAACCUGAUGUGCUGCCGCCUCUGAAAUUAGAAGCCUGUAUUUUGACCCAAGGAGAUCAGAUCUCUCUACAAGAACCACUGGAUCAUCUGCUGUGUUGUGUCCAGCACUGUUUGGUCUGGUAUAAGAGUAGAGUGAUGCCCCUACAGCAGGAAGAAGAGGAGGAAGAAGAGUUCUACAAAGACUUAGAGGAUAUGUUGGAGUCUAUUACUAGUAGAAUGAUUAAGAGUGAACUAGAGGACUUUGAAUUGGAUAAAUCGGCAGAUUUUUCUCAGAGCAGUGGUGUUGGCAUCAAAAAUAAUAUCUGUGCUUCUCUUGUGAUGGGAAUUUGUGAGGUUCUAAUAGAAUAUAAUUUCUCCAUAAGUAAUUUUAGUAAGAACAAGUUUGAGGAGGUUCUGAACUUAUUUAUGUGUUACAAGAAACUCUCUGACAUCCUUAAUGAAAAAGCUGGUAAAGGCAAAACUAAAAUGGCCAACAAAAUGGAUAGUUUUUGGUCCAUGAAAUUUGUGUCUGAUCUUCUCACUGCUCUUUUCAGGGACAGUACCCAAAAUCACGAAGAGAGCCUUUCUGUUCUGAGGUCCAGCAAUGAGUUCAUGCGCCACGCGGUGAGUGUAGCUCUGCAGAAGGUACAGCAGCUCAAGGAAACAGGGCAUGUGAGUGGUCCUGAUGGCCAAAACCCAGAGAAGGUCUUUCAGAAUCUCUGUGAUAUAACUCGGUAAGUCACUCUCACCCUCAGAAACCUGUU